CAGAAGCAGCAAAUGUCCAACGGCAGCUCCAUCACCCAGUUCCUCCUCCUGGCAUUCGCAGACACACGGGAGCUGCAGCUCUUGCACUUCUGGCUCUUCCUGGGCAUCUACCUGGCUGCCCUCCUGGGCAACGGCCUCAUCAUCACUGCCAUCGCCUGUGACCACCGCCUCCACACCCCCAUGUACUUCUUCCUCCUCAACCUCGCUGUCAUUGACCUGGCCUCCAUCUCCACCACAGUGCCCAAAGCCAUGGCCAACUCCCUCUGGGACACCAGUGCCAUCUCCUAUGUAGCAUGUGCUGCCCAGCUCUUUUUCUUUUCCUUCUUUAUGUCAACAGACUAUUUUCUUCUCACUGUCAUGUCCUAUGACCGCUACGUUGCCAUCUGCAAACCCCUGCACUACGGGACCCUCCUGGGCAGCAGAGCUUGUGUCCACAUGGCAGCAGCUGCCUGGGGCACUGCGUUUCUCACUGCUCUCCUGCACACAGCCAGUACAUUUUCACUGCCCCUCUGCCAGGGCAAUGUCCUGGACCAGUUCUUCUGUGAAGUCCCCCGGAUCCUCAAGCUCUCCUGCUCAGAGUCCUACCUCAGGGAAGAUGGGCUUGGCAUGUUUAGUGCUUUUGUAUUUUGGUUGUGCUUUGUUUUCAUUUUGGUGUCCUAUGUGCAGAUCUUCAGGGCCGUGCUGAGGAUCCCCUCUGAGGAGGGACGGCACAAAGCCUUUUCCACGUGCCUCCCUCACCUGGCCGUGGUCUCCCUCUUUAUCAGCACUGGCACGUUUUCCCACCUGAAGGCCCCCUUCAUCUCCUCCCCAUCCUUGGAUCUGGUGGUGGCGGUUCUUUACUCAGUUGUGCCUCUAGUAUUUAACCCCCUCAUCUACAGCAUGAGGAACCAGGAGCUCAAGGAGUCCAUCAGGAAAUUUAUUUCUGGGAUGGUUCUUAAUAGUGGGAAGUUUUCCAUCACUCUUUAG